AUGCAGGGCAACAUCACCGCGCUGUAUGACAUCGGCUGCGUAGUGGGCUCGAUAGUCUGCUACUUCAUCGGGGAGCGGUUCGGACGACGCACGAUGCUCAUGACCGGUGGUGCGAUCAUGGUGAUCGGGACGGUGAUCCUCGGCUCGUCGUAUACGAUUGCGCAGCUUAUCGCCGGACGGAUCAUCACGGGGAUCGGGAACGGGAUGAACUCGUCGACGGCGCCGGUGUACCAGAGUGAAUGCUCGCCUGCGGGGAUUCGGGGGGCAUUAUUGACCCUGCAGGGGACGGUUACGAUUCUCGGGGUUGUGAUAGCCUAUUGGAUGGAUUACGGGACAAGCUUCACCGACUCCUCGUUCCAAUGGCGCUUCCCCCUCUCCUUCCAGGCCGUCUUCGCCGUCUGCCUCGUCCUCCAGAUCAUCGGCCUCCCCGAGACCCCCCGCUGGCUGGUGCAGCACGACCGGUACGAGGAGGCGCGCGCCGUCAUCGCCGCGAUAGAAGACAAGCCGCUCACCGACGAGACCGUCUCCCGGACCCUCCUCGACAUCCAAACGGGCCUGGAGGAGGAACAGCGCGGCGGGCCCUUCCAAUUCGCCGAGCUCUUCACCUGGGGCGAGGUGCAGAACCUCCGCCGCCUGCUCAUCACCAUCUCCAUCGAGCUGGGCCAGCAGUUCACCGGCUCCAACAUGAUCAACUACUACGCCCCCGUCCUCUUCCAGGAAAACAUGGGCAUGAGCCGCAACCUGGCACUGGUCCUGAGCGGGUGCGCCCAGUGCACGUAUCUGGUCGGCAGCGCCAUCCCCGUCCUCCUGAUGGACCGGUUCGGCCGCCGCACGCUGCUGAUGGUGUGCUCCGCGGGCCUGUGUCUGUGUUUCGCGAUGGUCUCGAUUCUCCUCUCGCUGGACCGCGAGGGCGCGGCGUUCGGUGCCACGGCGUUCAUUUUCAUCUUCCAGCUGUUCUACGGGGUGGGCUGGUUGCCGGUGCCGUGGUUCUAUCCGGCGGAGAUCAAUACCACGCGGGUGCGGACGAAGAUGCAGGCGAUUGCGUCCGGGUGGAACUGGAUGGCUGUUUUUGCGGUGGUGAAGAUUACGCCGAUUGCGUUUGCGAAUAUCGGAUGGAAAACGUUCAUUAUCUUUGCGGCGCUGAAUGCCGUCUUCAUCCCGAUGGUCUACUGCUUCUACCCGGAAACGAAGGGACUGGAGCUGGAGGACAUCCCGCUACUCUUUGCCCAGGGGGGAAUUACAGGCGGUGUCAUGACGUCCAAGGGAGGCCGGACCGUGACACCGGGGCAGCAUGCUCGAGAUGCCCAGGUAGACAGGAAGGUGGAAGUGCAGGAGAUUGAAACUGCAGCUUGA